AUAUUUGAGUCAGAGUCACGCAGACAAGCGUCUCAUCUCGCUCCCAUCCCACGCAAAUCUGUCCAAAGUAGUAGUAAUAAAUAAACAACCACAAAUAAAUUCAAAAACUCAAACAGAGCUCUUCUCCUCUGUUUCCGUGCACCGUCACCGUCGCCGUCGUGGUGGCGCCGCCGCAUUUUCCCAAACCCCGAGGUCACAUCACAUUCCACACACACACUCUCACACACACUCUCACUGUGAAGGAAGAUGAAGAAGAAGCCACAGUCACAGUCACACUCUCACGGUGGAGGAAAAUCAAAUCUGGAGGUGAAACAGAGAACCGCUCUCGCUCUCAACAAAGUCGGCGACCGCGACACACAGCAAAUCGGCCUCGAAGAGCUUGACAGAAUCCUACAAUCUCUAACCCCGGAAUCCAUUUCACCAUUCGUCUCAUGCAUCGUCGACACCGACUCCGACCAAAAACCCGCCGUCAGAAAAGAAUGCAUCCGCCUCAUCGGAACCCUAGCCACCAACUACGACGCCAGCCUCGUCCUCCCGCACCUUCCGAAGAUGGUUGCCAGCAUUGUGAAACGUCUCCGGGAUCCUGAUUCAGUUGUUAGAGACGUCUGCGUCCACACCGCCGGCGUUCUCGCCGGGAAAUUGGUUAACGGGAAUAACAAGGUGUUUGUUGUUUUGGUUAGGCCGGUUUUUGAGGCUCUUGGGGAGCAGAAUAAGCAUGUUCAGUCUGGUUCUGGGUUUUGCCUUGCGCGGAUUGUUGAUAACACGCGCCACCCUCCGGUUUCGCUUUUGCAUAAGAUGUUGAGCAGGACUGUGAAAUUGCUUAAGAAUCCGCAUUUUAUGGCGAAGCCUGCGCUGGUUGAGUUGAACCGGAGCAUUAUCCAGGCUGGAGGUGCUCCAACCGAAAACUUUCUCUCCACUGCUGUUGCCAGUAUCCAAGAGGCCCUGAAAGACAGUGACUGGACAACACGCAAAGCAGCUUCUGUUGCAUUAGGAGAAAUUGCUUUGAGCGGUGCUUCUUUCUUGGCAUCUCUAAGGGCUUCUUGUGUUCGUUCUUUGGAGUCAUGUCGAUUUGACAAGGUGAAACCAGUUAGGGAUGCUGUUUUGCAAGCGCUGAAAUAUUGGAGAAUUGUUCCAGGCUCCAAUACUCCGGAGCCUUCUGAAACAGGAUCCUCCUUAAAAGAAAAUAUCUGCGGAGGUGACUCUGCUGAUCUAAGUAGCACUACUACUGAAUCUAGACAGAGGGAUUUCAAGCACCAAAAUGUUAAUAUGAAGUCAAGUAUGGGAAGGAUUCCUUUGUCUGCAAGAAAAGGAUGUCAAAAUUAUGUCGGAAAUCCUCACAAUCUCAAACCAGAUGAUUGGCAUGUUGAAAUUGCAGUGCCCAGAAUCCGUUCUACAGCGGAAUUCCAGAAUGAAGAAUCGGACUGUAGUUCUGUCUCUAAACUGAUGGAAACAAUGAGCGCUGAUGUUACAAGCUUGCAGGAUGUUGGUUAUGAAUAUGAGCCUAUUGAUGAUAAGCAGGAGUGUUCUUCUGUCUCUAAUCUUACCACCGAUAACUAUGAUACCAAGUUUUUAACUACUCAGGACUGCUGUAUAAAUAAUGAAUUACAGAAGCCUAUUGCAAGAAGUCAACGGUUUGGUGAAGAAAUAAGCUGUAAUGAACAGAUAUACUCCAAAAAAAUGCAACAUCCUAGAAGUUCUGAUUCUACAGUCACAGUGUCAAACCCCCAAACCACACACGAAUGUUGUGCACAAAUGGCAAAUGAAAUGAUUUGUAUUCAGAAUCAACUUUCAGACAUGGAAAUCAAACAAGCAAACACAAUGCAUCAAUUACAGAUGUCUAUAACUGGAAUAGUGGACGCUCUUUCUACUAUCCAAUCUAGAAUGCUAAGCUUAGAGUAUGCAGUUGAUAGAUUAAAUCAAGAAUCUUUGCAAGGAGGAAGACAUUCUUAUUCAGAAAACUCCAGGUUAGUGAGGCAGAGCCAAAAUGUGGCUUCUCCUAAAUUCCCCAUAUGCACUCCUAGGCCAUCUGCAGAAAUUAGUAAUAAGCAAUCAGCCAUGUCGGUUAAAAAUUCCGAAAGUUGGGAGAAAACUACGUUUUCAAGGAGCCAACCAAGGAUUCAUGUUGGAGAUAGUGAGGAUUUGUGGAAAAGUUGCAAUGUAAAUGUUGCCAGAAAGUUUACAGAGAAGGACAUUUUGAAUUGCUCAGGGAAGGAUACACAAAGAACAAGUUCAGCUCAAAUGAGAAAGAAUGAUGGUAUCUUUGCUGCUAGAAACAGUUGUUCUGAGAGUAAUACUAACCAGUGGAAAUGUGUAAAGCGUCUUAUAUGUGAAGGGGAUCUAAAUUCUGCAUAUAUGGAAGCUUUGUGCUCCAGUGAUGAACUAAUUCUCCUUGAGCUUCUGAGUAAAACUGGUCCAGUUAUAGAAAGUUUAUCAGUGAAGACUGUCAAUGUUCUCUUUAGUACUUUAGCCUCAUAUCUUGUGGAAGCAAAUUAUUUUAGUACCAUCAUGCCGUGGCUGCAGCAGGUUGUUGACAUGAGCACUAUCCAUGGACCAAAUUGCAUAUCUCUAUCUACUGACGCCAAGGAACAGCUUCUAUCUGCAAUUCAAGAGGCUGUGAACCUGAAUAUUUUCAGCCCCGCAGAAAGAAGGUGUGUUGCGGAAAUAGCAAUGAAGUUACAUCAUAUGUGGGGUAAGAUUAUUGCAGGUUAAUGACAAAAAGAUCAUGUGUCCAGCCAUUUUCGUUUUGAGAGUUAGUUGUCGUUCUUGGUUGAAAUAAAAAAAAAAAGAGCCAAUUUUAGUUGUAUGCAUUUUGUUAGUUACUGAACGUUAAGUUUGGCGAAUUAUUCAUGGCCGUGUACUUUGGAAAGAUGGUAACUUGUGUAUUGCAUCUUUGACAUUGAAUGUGUAGAACUUGAUUUAGCACUA